UUCUGGCGCUGUCCCCUUUAAAGCUAGGGUGGUUUGAGGAUUUCCGAUUGACGGAUGCUAGCAGAUUAGAGGCUAGGUAGCCGCCUUCAGCCUAUGCCACCGCAUCUCAGUACGCACUGGAGCUUCCCGUCCUCGUUGUGGGGGAUAAGCGCAAGCCGAUGUUCAUAGCGGUGUAGAGGUUGAAAAGAUGGAUUUUAACGUGAAAAAGCUGGCGUCGGAUGCGGGCGUCUUCUUCACCCGGGCUGUCCAGUUUACAGAGGAGAAGUUGGGCCAGGCGGAGAAGACCGAGCUUGACGCUCACCUCGAGAACCUGGUCGCUCGUGGCGACUGCACCAAGAACUGGACAGAGAAGAUCUUCAGGCAGACGGAGGUUCUUCUGCAGCCCAACCCAAUCGACAGCACUGGUGCUCGUAUUGAGGAGUUCUUCUAUGAGAAAUUGGACAAGAAGAUUCCCCUGAGGACCACCAAUGCGGAGCUGCUGGGGCAGCACAUGCUGGAUGCGGCUAAAGACUUUGGUCCUGGAACUCCAUACGGAAGCACCCUAACAACAGUAGGCGAGUACCAAAAGAAAUUGGGUGGGGCAGAGCGUGAGUUUCUACAGACGUCCGCCAUCAACUUCCUGACCCCUCUGCGCAACUUCCUGGAGGGAGACUGGAGGACCAUUUCUAAAGAGAGACGACUCUUGGAGAAUCGGCGUCUGGAUCUGGAUGUGUGCAAAGCGCGCGUCAAGAAGGCAAAGCUCCAAGAGGCCAAAGCUGCUUGCGAGGGAGAUGCUGCACCCGAUUUUCAGGAGACAAGGCCUCGCAAUUAUGUUCUUUCAGCCAGUGCAUCUGCGUGGUCCAGGGACUUUGCCGAGUCUGACUCUGACUCAGAGAGGAAGCUGUGGAGUGAGGAGCUGGACAAAUCCGAGCACGAGUUGCGUGUGGCUCAGACGGAGUUUGACAGGCAGGCCGAGGUGACGCGGCUGCUCCUGGAAGGAAUUAGCAGCACUCAUGUGAACCACUUGCGCUGUCUGCAUGAGUUUGUGGAGGCCCAGGCUGCAUACUACGCCCAGUGCCACCUGUAUAUGCAGGAGCUGCAGAAGGAACUGAGAAGUGCUAAUGGGGACUCGGUUCCGAAUGCUUUCGCUGUGAGCCCUUCCAGCUCAGGGGCGUUGGCCGGUCCCUCUGGCCUGUCCAGCAGCUCCCUGCCUGGGGCCUCUCCUCCGCCCCGCCCCCCGGUGAGCCCCGGUGGCCGGGAGUCCGGCACUCUUAAGAUCGAGGAGGUGCAGCCGCCUGCAACAGGCACGCGCAAGGCCAAGGUCCUGUACGACUACGACGCGGCCGACACCAGUGAGCUCUCCUUACUGGCUGACGAGCUCAUCACGGUGUACACGGUGCCUGGCAUGGAUCCAGACUGGCUGGUUGGCGAGCGGGGCAACCAGAAAGGCAAAGUGCCCGUCACGUACCUGGAGCUGCUCAGUUAGACCUCAACCUGGACGAACCCAUGUACACACCAAGGACUCCUAUACAUACAACACACACACACUCACAAAGACAAACAUACUCACACAUGAAGACAAACAUACUCACACAUGAAGACACACACAUGCACUUAUAAUACAGUUACACAAUAAAAAAACACAUGUAUACAGACACUCAUACACAUGUUCAGAAAUACGCAAACACACACAAGUAUGUUCUAGUUAAUAAAAAGUACACCUCAGUCAAGAUACAGUUGCAAAGCACAGGAAAACGGGAGCAGACACAAAAACUAGUUUGACCCCAUUAUGCACGUGUAACCUACCAAAGUGCUCUGUCUGGGCAUUUUUUUUCUAUUUCACCAGUUUUCAUUUGAUACCCUCAAGUCAACACACAUACACACUCAAAAGUGUGCACCUCAGUGUAAAGUGAAUACCGGACAGUUAAGAUGCAUCCCUGAGGCUUGGACCUAUGAAUAGCAAAUAGCUGGGUAGGGGCCGUGAGAGCAAGGCGGAUUUAGUUAGACAGGCAGGAUGACACGAGUUGAGUUUGACCACUUAUACAUCGGUGAUUACGCUAAGCUUGCCCUGGAUGGCGCCCACAGUCCAAAGAGGGAGUUCACGGCUGAAUGUGGCCGCUGGCUUUAGUGGAGGGAAAGCAGUAGAAGCAUUCCAAGCGUUGUUGACAUUGUGUGAUGCAGGGGCGUGUCACCAGUCACACUUUCUUAAACAACAACUACUACAACGCACACAUUUUAUCCCCCCCUCCCCCACCUGGCUAAGAUUUCACUUUUGCUUCUAUAUACUGCGCUUCCGCCAAUACAUUUGCUGUCUUGGAACUGUUUGUUUAUGUUACUACAUUAUUUUGCUGAGGUUGUUUGUUUAUGUUUUGCUGAGGUUGUUUGUUUCCGUGAGUGUGCUCCGGUUUCCUAUAAUGAUGUGUACUGAACCAGGAAGUCCAGCUGUUCUCCAGCGUAGCAGCCAGUCGUUCUAUUCCUGGCCGAGCCUUAUGGAUUUGUGGAGGUGUGUUUCUGAUUAGUCUGCAUUGUUUUGAUUGGAAUGUGGUAUUGUAUUUCAAAAGGAUAUUUCUUUGAACAUUUCUGUUGCAAUGUUCAGCUGCUCAGUCUGCGCUGGGCUGACCCAGCGGUCUUUCACCCCUCGUUUGAUGUGAGUAUGUAUAUGGUGCAAAAACAUGUAGAGUAUGCUCUGACCAUAGACUUUGUAUAAUUUUUUUUUUAAGGGUCCAGCGAUUCGUGAUUAAUUGUGACUUUUAUUUCUCUCUUUCACUGUGAUGUUUUGGUGUCUCCUGUCUACCCAAUGGCUGUUCUUAAGAAGAGAUGUGUAUGGAAUGAUACGACUCGGAUAUAAUAAAGAUAGCUUUAUUGAG